AGCAUUGAUCUAGUUGAGUUAGAAUUUAUGCAUGAAUUAAAUCCAAAAGAACUCUGUAGUAUUUGCCAUCCACAUCUUUUCAGCAUGAAAGUCCAGGUAGUCUUAUAAGAGAGUGCACCAAAGAAUUUUUAUCUCACAUCUGUAAGUAAUUAACCAAACACAGCAGUUAUUUACAAAAAUUAUACGCAUAUUGACCAUCCAUCUGGAAACCAUGCUUACAUUUUUUAGAACUUCCUAGAUUUUCUUAGCAACCAAAGUAGAGCCAGCAAACCCUGCUGCCUUUAUAUGAAGGUCGUCAAGUUGAACUAAUGAUGUUUCCAUUUAUAACCAUCACAGUCGCACCUUCAAACUUCACCGUUCCAAGUUCCAACACCGCAUAUUUUCCUUCGAAGACAAUUUUUGGCCCGGGACUGAAUGAGCCCAUUCGCGCGCGCGCGAAAGAGGAGAGGGAAUGCCCCCUUCGCCUCCCUACACUCCCCUCCUCCCCCUCCAAUCUUUCGACGUCGCCAAACUCGCCAACCGCUUCGCCGCCCACCUCCAGCUCCUCUCUGCCGUCCUCCCCAAAACCUCCGCCUCCCCCCCUGCCACCACAAGCCCCACCCCCCUCCUCCGCCGCCUCCGCGCCCUCCACGCCCACGUCCUUGCGUCCGGCUUCAAGCCCCGCGCCCACAUCCUCAACCGCCUCAUCGACCUCUACGCCAAGUCCGGCGACCUUCCGUCCGCCCGCUGCCUCUUCGAUGCCGCCUCCCCUGCCCCCGCCGACGCCGUCGCCGCUACCUCCCUCGUCAACGCCUAUGCCGCUUCCGGCCACCUCCCCCUCGCCCGCCGCCUCUUCGACCGCACUCCUCUCCCCGCCCGCGACACUGUCUUCUACAACGCCAUGAUCUCCAGCUACGCCCGCGCUGGCGACGGCCUGCCGGCUCUCGUCGUCUUCCGUGAGAUGCUCCAGGAUGGCUUCCGGCCGGACAACUACACCUUCACAGGAGUUCUCAGCGCCGCGGCCGCCAUCAUUGGUCUGGAACCCGCCCAUUGCGGGCAGCUCCAUUGCUCCGUGGUGAAGUCCGGCACGGAGCACGCCAUCUCUGUUUCGAAUGCCCUCAUAUCCCUGUACUUCAAGUGUGAUUCCCCUGAGACAGCGGUACUUGCUCGGGAGGUGUUUGAUAGAAUGGUCGAAAGAGAUGAGCUCACUUGGACCACAAUGGUUGUCGGGUAUGUCAGGCGAGGUGAUAUUGGUGAAGCUCGCCAAGUCUUUGAUGACGUGGAAGGAAGGUUUAAUGUCAUUUGGAACGCAAUGAUUUCUGGGUAUGUGCAUUGCGGGCUUUUCUUGGAAGCAUUGGAGAUGUUUCGAAGGAUGUAUUCAAUUGGCAUCCCGCUUGAUGAGUUCACUUACACGAGCGUGCUCAGUGCUUGUGAGAGCGCCGGGCUUUUCAAUCAUGGAAAAGCUGUUCAUGCCCACAUCAUUCGUUCAGGGCCUGAUUUCAAUCCUGUGUCAGCAUUACCUGUCGAGAAUGUAUUGAUCACCCUGUACUCAAACGGCGGAAAGAUAGAUGUUGCAAAAAGAAUUUUUGAUGAUAUUGAAAGAAAAGAUGCUGUUUCAUGGAAUGCCAUCUUGACAGGGUAUGUAAAUUGCGGUCAUAUUGAUGAUGCACUUGCAAUUUUUAAUGCUAUGCCUCAUAGGCAUGAAUUGGCAUGGCUGGUGAUGAUAUCGGGUUUUGUACACAAUGGGCUUGCUGAGGAAGGGCUGAAGUUGUUUAGUCGAAUGAGGGCCGAGGGUGCCAAGCCUUGCGACUAUAUGUAUGCAAGCACAAUUGCUGCAUGUGGUGAGCUCGGAGCAUUGAAGCAUGGACAGCAGAUCCAUGCACACCUCAUCCAGUUUGGGUAUCAAUCAAGCAACUCAGCUGGAAAUGCUCUUUUGACAAUGUAUGCAAAAUGUGGGGCUGUGGAGGAAGCACAUAUCGUGUUCCUUGUGAUGCCCAAUGUGGACUCUAUAUCUUGGAAUGCAAUGAUUGCAGCCCUUGGGCAUCAUGGACAUGGGAGAGAGGCAAUUGAGCUCUUUGAACAGAUGAUUGGGGAAGGUAUAUUUCCAGAUCGCAUCACUUUCCUUACGAUCCUAUCGGCCUGCAACCAUGCAGGCUUGGUAGAUGAAGGCUUUCGGUACUUUGAAUCCAUGAAAAAUGAUUAUGGUAUUAUCCCAGGGGAAGAUCAUUAUGCCCAGUUGAUUGAUUUACUAGGUAGAGCUGGACGUAUUGGAGAAGCUUGGGAUAUGAUUAAAUCGAUGCCUUCUGAGCCUGGUCCAUCCAUUUGGGAGGCUAUUCUAUCAGGCUGCAGAAUUCAUGGGGACAUGGAUCUUGGAAUCCAUGCAGCAGAGCAGCUAUUUAAGAUGAUACCUCGACAUGAUGGAACAUAUGUCCUUUUAUCCAACAUCUAUGCUGCCAUCGGGCGAUGGGGAGAUGUUGCAAGGGUUAGGAAAUUGAUGAAAGAUCGUGGGGUUAAGAAGGAGCCCGGAUGCAGCUGGAUUGAAGUUGCAAAUAAGGUUCAUGUGUUCCUUGUCAAUGAUGCAAGACACCCUGAGGUGCAGGAAGUGUACAAAUUCCUUGAGAUACUUGGAGUUAAGAUGAGGAAGCUGGGAUAUGUCCCUGAUACCAAGUUUGUUCUGCAUGAUGUUGAGUCUGAGAAAAAGGAAUACGCAUUAUCUACUCACAGCGAGAAGUUGGCUGUCGGAUAUGGACUUCUAAAAUUGCCUGCUGGGGCUACAGUUAUAGUUCUUAAGAACUUGAGAAUUUGUGGGGAUUGCCACACUGCAAUCAUGCUCAUGUCAAAGGCGGUUGAUAGAGAGAUUAUUGUCAGAGACGUUAAGCGGUUCCACCAUUUUAAGAAUGGAGAGUGUUCAUGCAGGAAUUAUUGGUAAAAAAACCAGUUUCAUUUAUACGAGUGGCAUGCGCUCAAGAUGGUGAGCUUCAUAUAUAACACUCAUACUGAUGCCAUCUCUCAAGCUGUUGGAAUAAUUUUUGAACACAUUCCGACUGCGAAGAAGCUCCCAACUGAGGGUCAGCUUAAUUUUAAACUUACAGGUUGGCCUUCUACAGAUCUGUCAAUCCCUUUGUUGUUGCAUCAGUAAAUAAGACUUUAGGAUAUGACAAUUGAUUAAAUAAUAAUUUAUCAGACACCUGAAACUUUUAAGAAAAAAGAAAUAUUGUGAGAAAUGUUUUUUUAAAAGGCGAUGGCUCUUUCGAGGGAAACUGAAUUGUGAAACUUCAAGAUUUUAAAUAUCAGGAGGAUGGGGUGACAUUGCACAGUCCCAAGCGUCAAAAUGGGCACCAUUCCAUGUGUUAGAGCUGAAUUGGGAAACAGAUUGGGGAACGGACUAGAUUUCCACCAUCCUUAGUGUCAGAAUGCGGGACAUCCUAUUCUGGAUGGCUCUGUCCCAUGGUAAUUAAAACACUGCACAAGAUAAAUGUCUGUUCUUUACAGACUUGGCUGGAAGCCCUGAAGCAGAUACACAUGAAAGCUGUAACACUGGUGACAGUGAGAUUGGUGAUGUGCUGCUUCUGAAUGGUCUGCACUCAGAUUUCUCAUAUUCAAUCACUCCUCACAGGAGAAUACCUGAACAGCAAGAAAGUUGAUAACUGCCUUCUUUUCUAUAUAAUCUGCCUCGAUGUGCAUUGAGAUGGUUCUGCCUAUUUAUGCAAUAGGGCUGGUUAAUUAUUGGCAUGCAGUCCAUGUGAACAAACCAACUUGGUGCUGCUAAGUUAAUAUUCUUUGCUUCAUUGGGGUCACAAAUAGUUCCAAUAGGUUAUGCUAUUGCUUGUGAGAGUGGCGGUCCCAGGGGGUAUGACCAAAAAGUGCUAAAUGGAGAGUGAAAAUAUUAGAAGAUGGUUGCUGACUUGGCCUUGUCUAACUGCAUAGCGAGCAUUCAACUUGAUGCUUGGAUUUUAUGAGGUCUGAAGCACUAAUAGUACUGUUAUUGUAAAGAUCUGUGUCUUUGAACUCAAAUUUCUCAGAUUUUGAUGACCAAACAUGCUGCCUAUCUCAAUUGUAUGGUACCUAUUUGGAGCUGGGAAAUUUCAAU